AUGACCUCGACACGCCCCUCCUCGACAUUUUCACGGUCGCCGUCGAUUGUUGCCGAGCGCCGGGACUUGCGCAGACUAUCUGGCCGUUCUCUUUCCUCGUCCGUUGACCCCGAACCUGCCUCCAUCAGUCAAGACGCCCAGGCACCCGCGAUCACGGACGAGAUCAGCGAGAUCAAGCGCUAUGAAGAUUUCACAACCAUUGACUGGGUUCAAGAUGCGGUCAAUGAACAGAAUGCUCGACGGGCCAAGCGACGGAGCGGCGGUGGGUUCUGGGACCAAGAAGGUGUCUUUGGCUGGCGACGGAAAGUACGCGAGUCCUAUGACGCCGGGCAGGCCUGGCUUGUGGUGACACUAGUCGGUAUGGCCAUUGGCCUGAACUCGGCUCUCCUAAAUAUUAUCACCGAGUGGUUGUCCGAUAUCAAGUUGGGACAUUGCACGACGGCAUUCUACCUGAACGAACAGUUCUGCUGCUGGGGUGCCGAGGGAGGAUGUCCCGAAUGGAAGCAUUGGACUUCAUUUUGGCUAAUCAACUACGUGGUUUACUUCUUUUUUGCGGUUUUGCUUUCAUUCGUCGCUGCGAUUCUCGUAAAAACAUUUGCUCCAUAUGCUGCGGGGUCCGGCAUCUCUGAGAUCAAAUGCAUUAUUGCUGGUUUCGUCAUGAAGGGCUUUUUGGGAGCCUGGACACUUCUCAUCAAGUCGAUUGCGUUGCCACUAGCCAUUGCAUCCGGCCUCUCCGUCGGAAAGGAGGGCCCUAGUGUUCAUUUUGCCGUGUGUACAGGAAACGUGAUCUCACGGUUCUUCGGUAAAUACAAGCAGAAUGCGUCCAAGACGAGAGAAAUUCUGACGGCAUCGGCUGCUGCUGGUGUGGCUGUGGCUUUUGGUAGCCCAAUUGGAGGUGUGCUAUUUUCAUUAGAGGAAAUGGCCAAUUAUUUCCCCCUCAAAACUCUCUGGCGCAGUUAUUUCUGUGCCUUGGUGGCAACCAGUGUCCUUGCGGCCUUGAAUCCCUUCAGGACCGGACAAUUGGUCAUGUUCCAGGUUAAAUAUGAUCGUACAUGGCACUUUUUCGAGCUAAUCUUCUUUGCAUUCAUUGGUGUCUUUGGUGGAUUAUAUGGCGCGUUCGUGAUGAAGUGGAAUCUGCGAGUCGCAGCUUUCCGCAAGAAAUACCUUUCUCAAUGGCCUAUCACGGAGUCUGUGGUUCUUGCUGCUCUCACAGCCAUCCUAUGCUAUCCGAACAUGUUCUUGAAGAUCAACAUGACUGAGAUGAUGGAAAUCUUGUUCCACGAAUGUGCAGGUGGCCAUGAUUAUAAUGGAAUUUGCGAUACUAAAAACCGCUGGUCGACUGUCCUGUCCUUGGCCAUUGCUACGAUUCUGCGCACCGGACUGGUGAUUAUCUCCUAUGGCUGCAAAGUACCCGCUGGUAUCUUUGUACCGUCCAUGGCUAUUGGGGCAUCAUUCGGUCGCAUGGUUGGGAUCAUGGUGCAGGCACUUCAUGAAUCCUUCCCAAAUUCGGCAUUUUUUGCCUCGUGCGAUCCGGAUGUGCCUUGCAUCACACCUGGUACAUACGCCUUCCUGGGUGCCGGUGCAGCGCUUAGUGGAAUUAUGCACCUCACAAUCUCCGUCACGGUCAUCAUGUUUGAGCUGACAGGUGCCUUGACAUACAUCUUGCCGACCAUGAUUGUGGUCGGUGUCACAAAAGCCGUUGGAGACCGAUUUGGAAACGGCGGUAUCGCCGAUCGAAUGAUUUGGUUCAAUGGUUUCCCAUUCCUGGACAACAAGGAAGACCAUGUCUUCAAUGUCCCUGUCUCGCAUGCAAUGACGACAGGCCCACUCACAUUGCCGGCUUCUGACUUCCCCGUGCGCGAAGCGGAACACCUGCUAAGCGACAACAAGUUCCAGGGCUUCCCAAUUGUGGAAGACCGCAGUACCAAGACUCUUGUUGGCUACAUCGGGCGCACCGAGCUGCGGUAUGCCAUCGACCGUGCCCGCAGCCAGGGUCUGGUGUCACCACGAGCACGAUGUGUGUUCACUCAAGAAGCUGCCGAGGCAACUGUCGCACAGCGCGCUUCUGGUUCACAGUAUCUACAAGCGCCAGACACGUUUGACGCAAUCCAGGCGAGUGUAGGCGCUGGUGUUGUUGAUUUCUCGCGGUACGUUGACCACACGCCGUUGACAGUACACCCGCGUCUUCCUCUCGAGACUGUCAUGGAAAUCUUCAAGAAGAUGGGACCUCGAGUCAUUCUCGUCGAGCACCGUGGCCGUCUGACGGGUUUGGUUACAGUCAAGGACUGCUUGAAGUAUCAGUUCAAGGUGGAAGCCGAAGAGCAUGCACUGGCCGCGACGAGCGCAUCCGAUUUCGCCUCCGCUCCGCUAGGUGGCCACUUGAGUACUCCUGCCCCGGAGACGUUGGAGGACCGGCUAUGGCGGCUUAUUCUUACGGUUGCUGGGUUCGUUAGUGGGUCGAUCCGGGCUCGUGGACCAGUGCGUCUGCAGGACCGGAACCGACCUGGGAGGCCAUCGGAGCCCGAGGAUAUCUUGGAUGGCACUGAGGAUGACGCGUUCGUGGAAUUGGAAGAGAGAGAAGACCGGCCUCGUGGUCGUUAG